GUCGGGCCGCGUUCCGGAGUCGCGAACCAUCUCUUCCUUUCGAUUCAACCACCACUCACAUAUGUUUAUCAAUUUUUCCUCCCCAUUAUCGACAUUAUACCCUCCCCCUCCCUUUUCAUAAUCGACACAACGCCACACAGUCUAAAGCCGAUCAUCGAACUAGUACUUAUACUACACCUCAUCUAGCAAAGCUCAGAAUGCACGAAAUGCCUCUGUGGUUGCCGAAAUCAUACCAGGAUUUGAACGAUCUGCCUUCAGAGAAUAUCGUCUAUCAGCCUAAAUUAGGAGGCAGUAAAGUCGUUCGCACCGCGCCAGGCGUAGUGAUCAAAUACAGAGGGGACUUAGCAGAGGAAGUGAACUGUUUGAAUUUUGCUAGGGAUCAUCUCUCUAUUCGGGUCCCGCGAGUGCUGCAUCACCCAGGUGACGUUCGUCAGUCAACGCUUUGGGAUCCGCGUACAGAGGAGUUACCGCAAGUAUGGUAUAUUUGUAUGGAGGAGAUCCAAGGCGUUCAGCUAAAGGAGGUGAUCGACAGCUUUACUCCUCUUCAGCUCGAGCACGUCGCCUCCCAGAUAAAGGCUAUACUCGCUGAUAUGCAUUCUGUACCUGCACCCCAUAUUGGAUCUGUUUCGGGAGGCCCUUUCCAAAACUCAUACUUCUUCCCCUACGCCGUCAAACCUCAGAAUGCUUGGACCAAGGUCUCUGACUUCAUCGACCAUUAUCACCAAUUGUUGAUGACGUUUGGUACCGAGGAAUAUGCAAAGGAAUUACUUGCCAAUUUUCCUCAGGACUGCCCCGUCAACUUUACUCACGGCGACCUGGUACCCCGUAACAUACUCGUUGAAGGCUCUACUAUUACUGGGAUCGUCGAUUGGUCCAUGGCAGGGUUCUAUCCGGAAUUUUGGGAAUAUAGUCGGAUGUACGAUGACAGCGAACAGUCCAAGGGCUGGAGUCAGGUCCUGAGCAUGAUCUUUCCUGGCCCUCGACUUGAUAAUCAAAUUGCUACUUUUCAUCGUCUAAUGGGAACGCUGCUGUACAACCUUUGAGGACCCAUGGCGGUGAAGGUUUUCUUGACGUGCCGGAUUCCCAUUUUACCGAACGAAUAUCAGUAAUGCAUGUCCCACAUGCUACAAGAGCGCUGCAAGGUCUCUUAGACGGUGUUGCUCGGCUGUGGAUAGGAUCACAACUCUAAGUGCGUGCUAUCAUCAACCACGCCCGAAAAUCAUCGAAACCGUUAUCGCUGCUACCCAUCUGCUGUAUCUACAGUACCUGUUGUCUACAUCUACAGGCUUUCUAGUUUUUGCUUUACGCAAUUGGUUCUCUUCUAUAUUCCAAACUGCCUUUUUCACGCAGCACCUUCUA